CCGCUGGCCGGGCUCCGUCCGCUCGGGCUGAGCAGCACCGCGAUCUCUGCCCCUUCCACGGCUCGGCUCCGCUCUUCCCACUGACAACAGGGAAAAGGGGUGGGGAAGAAAAGAUUGCCCCAGGACACCUCUCUCUUGCAGGACAUGGAGAACAGGCCAGCAGAGACCAACUCAGAGGUGGACAAGUCAGCAUCACCCUCAGUGGCUCAGCUAGCAGGAAAGUUCAAAGAACAAGCAGCCAAUAUCCCUGGAAAAGAGGUACCACCACAUAAGCCAACUCGGAGGAAACCACCCUGCUCCCUUCCCUUGUAUUCCCACAAAAGUGAGACAAGUGACAAUGAUGAGCAAAAGCGGUCGCCAAAUGCUUGCCCCAUUCCCAAGGUCAAGGUGAAAAGCUCACCCAUGAUUGAAAAGCUGCAGGCCAAUCUGGCUUUUGCUCCAGCUGCUCUGCUGCCGGGAGCGUCUCCCAAAAGCCCUGGGAUGAAAGUCCUGGUUUCUCCAUUCAGCACGCCUCCCUCAACGCCCACCAGCCCAGGGACUCAGUCCCAGCCCAGCGAGACGCCAGUCAGCUUUGAUCAGCCCCCAGAAGGCACUCAGCUGCAGUUCUACAACAAGGUGCGGACGCGAGGAUCGAUAAAGCGCAGACCUCCUUCCCGGAGGUUCCGAAGAUCCCUGUCCGAGUACGGAGAAGGGGAAGAUUUAGGGGUCAACCUGUCCUCUCCAGAAAAUGGUGCCAGGGAAGAUGAGGUCUUUGGACCCAAUGGCAAGACAGAGGAGGUGGAAACAGGGAGCAAAGAGGGAAAGAAAAAGUCAGGGUCUGAUGAGAAGCCAGCAUCAAGGACAGGAUCCAGCAGAUCAGAGGAUGAGGAAAAAGGGAGCAAAGAGCAGAAGAAACAGGCAGAGUCUGAUGAGAAGCCCCCAUCAAGGAGAGGAUCCAGUAGAUCAGAAGAUGGGGAAAAAGGGGAAAAACAGGCAGAGGAAAUUACUCCUUGCAAGAAUAACACAGGGAAUACAAAGGAGGAGGAAGUGUGUCAUGAUGCCCCAGGAGAGGAGAACUCUCCUCAGCCUCCCUCUGGAAACAAUGAGAUUUGUGACAGUCCCCAGGGAGAAGAGCAACAAAGCACUGCUUGUGAACAAGGAAAGGGAGACAAGGAGAAGGAGGAAGGUGAAGCUGAAACAAAGGAGAGCAGUGAGAGCACAGACACACAGAGAACAUCAGACACUGAAGAAACAGCACUGGCACCUGAACCACUGCAGGAUGCAGUGGGAUUAGGGACUGCCAGUGAGCCUUCAGUGCCAGUCACGCAGGACCAGGGCACAGCAGAGCUGUGACACACAGGUAAGAUGUGAUGGUGGCUCCUAAGGCACCUGAGGGUUUUGCUGUUAGCAAAAGUGGCAACUGUGACAGAACACAACAACAAUUUUGCUGCUCCCCACAUGUCAAAAGCCUCAGAUCUUAGGGUGGCAGAGACUGUGAGGCAGGGUGCUCAAAAUGACCAGCCCUCCUGGGUGGUGUUACAGACAGGAUGGAAAAGAAGCAAAGCUGAUUCUGGAUUCAGUAUAAUGGAGAGGCUGUGCUCACCAGGCACCCUCCUGCAUUGCUGUUUUGAAAGCAAUCUGAAAGUACUCGCAGUAAAAAGCACAUUUCCCCAGCUGUAACCACGUAUAUACUAUAUCAGUAUGACUCCUUAUAUAUGAAUAUUUAUGUGUGCACACGUUGUAUGUAUACAUGUGUACAUAUAUAUAUUCCCUAUGUGUUUAGCUUGUUAGCUUUGCCAACAAAUGCAGGGCACACCAGUUUCAUGAUCAGCUCUGAAGGUGUGCAAACAUGGGCCUUUGCCACUGAAAUAAAAGAGGAUUUCCGCUGGCUGAAGCAGCCCUUGUUCCAUACACCUUCUUGUGUAUUCUGUAACCACUGAUAACAUAGCCAGAUGCCUGAGGAUGUGUCUCAUCCCACCUCAACCACCUCCUCUUCAAAUGCUUCCUUGGUUUGGCAAGGAGCAGCUGAAGGAAGGAUUCUGGUGCUCGGGCUGCAGCUCAACACAGAAACCUCCAAAGUACCCCCAGGACUUCCCAGCACUGUCUUUGCUUAGACCCAUGAUUAUUUUUCAUUAUUUCCUUACUUAUUUUCGCCUCUCAAAAGGACAUACCCAAUCAGGGCAGAGGAGAUUUAUCUUGUGGAUAGGAGCCAUCUAACCUAAUCCAGGUGGGAGCUACUGGAAAACCUUCAGUGGCAGGAGAGGAGCAGAAUGCAGAAAUCCCCUGAGGUCCAGACUCACCACAGAGCUGAGUGGCCACUCGCUGCCUCUCUGCUUUGCACCAUCGUAUUUUGGGACAGCUGGAAAAAGAGACUGUUUGCAAUCUCUUCAGAGUUCAAGACUCAGGUGUUGGCUGGCAUUCCUUGGUGAUAUUUGGGGACUGAGAGACCUGAUACUUGAGACCUGAUACUUGCUGUCAUGGAGCCAACCGCCACCACCACUCACGGUCCUUCUGCUUCUUCAUCCUGCUCCAAAAUGUCUUUUUCUUCUCCCCUGCAUUGGUCUUAGAUGAAGUUCAUCAGUUAUGUACAUACAUAUAUGUAUGGUGCCUUUUUGGUAGCUUCUUUUAAAGUACUUUGGGUUUUAAACAGUGUAUUUUCUCCAUAUGUGCUGUAUGGCAGACAAUGUGAAACCUGAACAAGGGGAAAACUCCUGGAACAUUGAUCAUAAAGAUAUAUAAAUACAAAAUAUAAAAAUAAAAUCCCUUUGGAGUGGGGCUGAUCUGUGAAACAGCCACCUGUGGUAGGCUGGUAGGUCCUGUGUGCUUCAGCUUUGGGGUGCUAUUAGUGCGGUGGAAAAUGACAACCAGCAGAUUGUAUGCAAAGAAAGAUGUGCUGAGUAGGUCAAUAGGGCAGGUUCUCUUAUCUGGCUCUGGGCUCCAGUCCAGAUUUAGAAGAACUGCUUGUCCAUCAGUCUUUCUCCCUUCCAGACUCUAUCCAGUCUGUUUUGAAACCUCUGGUGUGUGGCCACCAAGAGCCACUCAUUAUAGAAAGCAUCCCAGCUUCCUGGAAACAGCCAAUUAAUUUUGUUCAGGUCAAAGAAGAAGUCCUAGCUGGCUGAGUUUCCAGUGGAGCUGCCAGGCUGAAUUGGCCAAGCUCAGACAGCCAGACCCUCCAAAGUGCUUAGGCACUGUACUAGAUGUGCAUUCACUCCUGGGCUACUGAAAGUCAUGGGCUAGCAGUCACUACGAUUUUAAUCUGGAGAGUGUUUGGGGGAAGGUGGAUGUCAGACCCUCACUUGACCAGUUUCCUGACAGCAGUGCCUGAGGCUGUUGGCCACACGGAGCAAAAUGUCCAUGCUGUGACCUGGACUGGGGUCACACUUGCUGAGAGCAGCAGCACUCGCCCUCCUGAAUUAUCACGGGCUCGUUGGCAAACACGACCUCCACACCUUUUUGAGCCACGCUGUGGAGCAUUAUUGCCUUUGAAUCCAGUUUAAUCUGGUUGCUCUAGCUUGUGUUGCGGGGCAGGCUGUGAUCAGUGGGUGUGCCCUGUUUGUUCUCCCAGCAGUGUCCAUGUGGAUGUGAGUAUUGUGCCUUGCUGUACAUACAGACAUGUGUGUGCCUGUGCAGAGAACGUGUACGUGUGUCCCGAGCACGGGAAUGGGAACCCCCGGGAGAAACAGAAUAAAUAAA